CUGUCAAUUUAAUCGCAAACGCUGGAAAAAUGAGUCGAUUCACUGCACGAUACGUUAUUUUGUCACCCCUGAAAUAUCGCCACAAGUCUUCAUAUCAGUUUACAGUUUUUAGCGGCAACAUAGCCCGCUGGGUUGCGCUGCAGUCGUUCCUCAAAAAUUAAACGGCUAACGUUGCCUGUGUGUUAGCUAGGCGGUUAGCCAACUUUACGUUAAGCUAACUUCACUUUAGCUGGACUUCAAAUUAGUGGAGCGCAAAGCAAACACUUCACAUGCACAGAAAAUGGCAGAGUCAUCGCCUUUAUCUGGAGUUAAUGUAGUUUUGGUCAUGGCCUAUGGGAGUUUGGUGUUCGUGUUGCUGUUCAUCUUCGUCAAGAGGCAGAUCAUGCGUUUUGCUAUGCGAUCCCGCCGGGGACCCCAUGCCCCCAUAGGGCACAACGCACCAAAGGGUCUUAGAGAAGAGAUUGAUUCACGGCUCUCCAAGGUUCAGGAAAUCUGUUUUGAACCUCGUCUCCUGUCAGAAGAUGAUGAUAGACUAAAACAAGGGUCACAAAUCAGUUGCUACAACUAUCUGUUCAGGAUGAAGGCUCUUGAUGCCAUUCGGGAUUCAGGCAUUCCGCUACAAGAGAUCAGCCGGAGUCCCAGCGCAUUUACUGGACGCAACUUCCGGAGCUGGCUGAUGGAGCUACGCAAUUCCCACUCUUUGAUCAAGAGCAGCCGCAGUGCACUCAUUGACAGCCUUCUGGAGGGUUACGAUAGUGCUCGCCAUGGGACUGGGGUAUUUGGGGAAACAGAGUUUCUGAAAUACCAGCAAGCUCUCACUGAAUUAGCUGAUGUGGUGAAGGCCUACUCCAGCACCACCAGCCUAGACCAGCAUCACCAGUCUGCCGCCAAGGACCUGACAGGCUCUCCUAUUCGCGGCGCUCCCUCAACCAUUCAGGUCACCUACCUGCCCUCCACUGGCCAGCGCAGCAAAAGGCCCAAACACUUUCUGGAGCUCAAGAGCUUCAAGGACAACUACAAUACACUAGAGAGCACCCUUUGAGAGACUGACAAUGGGGUUGAUUUUGAGACACCACUGAGACUGCUCCAAAAGAAUUUCAGACUUGGUGGAAAGACUGCAAGCAAAGCUCUGACAAUGGCAAACAAAAUCUACAUGGUUGUGUGUGUGUGUGUUCACUACUCAAGGGUUGCUUCAUACAUAUAAAAAAAAAAUUAUCCGGUUGUAAAUCUUUUUCCAAAAGGUUCUGGAGAGCCUCUUGAACAAGGUUUCCUUGUGUUGUGAAGAAUCCUUGGCCUAGUAAAACUUACCACAUUUGAAUAGGUGAAAGGAAGGCCUAUUAUUGGCAUUUGCCAGCACAUUUUCGCGAACUCUCAAAAAAGUGCUGCAGAAAAAAUAAUGCCUAAUUUUUAGAGCAAUUCAUUCUGCAGUCCCCAGAUUAUAUUUUAUGUUGUUUUUGGUCAGUCCCACAGCCCUUGUGCGUGCACAGUUUACAUUUUCAUUAUUUUGGACCUAAUGAGUUUGCUCUCGAGAAAAAAAAAAGAAAGAAAAAAAAAACAUGAAUGUAGCUCGUCUUUGGCCAGUCCUUUUCCACUGAUCAGUACAGAUUUUUGUGAAGAGAAAAUGCCUGGCUGUUGGCCUCGACAAUUUGUCUCCCUCAACUCAAAGGUGUGCAAAUAGUAAUGCAUGUUCUGAUUGUCUGUAGAUGUCAGAUUUUAUUUAUAUGGAAAAUGAAUAUUCUAAUUUAAUGAAUUUCUUU